AUGCCUGCAUACUCCGACUACAAGUCCUACGUAACAAACAACCUGUUAGAAAAUGAUCAUGAUAUUCACUUCAAAAUGUCUAAAAAGAUUGCACAAUUGACAAAAGUGGUUUGUAUGUUGAACUCACGUGGUGAAGAUUCUGUUGAUCUACUUAAGGAGACUUCCAAACAACAUGAGGAUGAAAUUAUGAAACUAAAGAGAUCCUAUGAACUAAAACUGAGAAAUUUGGAGCUUAGACUUGAAGAAGAGAAAAGAUUCGGGGACACCAUAACCUUCUUAGAAAAGAGUAUUAAUGAAAAAGAGUUGGAAAUCAUCAACAUGGAAUCUAAAUGUAGUCAGUUAAUAAAUGAGCAUCAUUUAAAAGAAGAUAUGUUGAAAGCCAAACAUAAUGAAGAAAUAAUUAAAAUGCAACAGACUUUUGUUGAGCAUAAAGAAAAAUAUGAAAAAGAAUUAAAUACUAUACAAGGUUUUGCUGAACAGUGGAAAUCUCAUCAAUGUCCAAACGUUGAGCCAAUUCUUAAUGAGAAAUCGCAACUUGAAUGUGAAUUUAAAAGAUUACAAGAGAAGUAUUCUUUAUUAGAAACGGAAGUAGAAUAUAGAAUCAAAGCUCUUACAGAUUCAUAUGAAUGUAAAAUUCAAGAAAUUAUCAAAAAUAUUAAAGAUGAAGAAAAUAGAAAAGAAAAUGAACUAUUAGAAAUCAAUAAAAAUCUUUUACAGGAUUUAAAAAAUCAAAAAUAUAUCUAUGAUCAAUCAAUUAUUAAAAAUAAUCAAGAAAAAAAUGAAUUAAGUAAUUUUAUAAAACAUAAUACAGAAAUUAAUUUAAACAAUAUUUGGCAAGGUCGUUUAAAUCAAGAAAGAGAAGAAUUUCAAAUAGAAUUAUCAAAAUUACAUAAAUUAAAUGAAGAAAUAAAAUACAAUUUAGAGAAUCAUAUUGAAAGUUCAAAAUUGAAAUAUGAUAAGCUUAAUACAGAAUACAUAAAUUAUCAAAAGAAAACAAACAUAGAAUAUGAAGAAUUUCAUCAAAAAAUUAUUGAUUUACAAUUAAUUGGAGAAAAUUUGAAAAAAGAAUUAAUCAUAAAAAAUGAAGAAAAAAUGAAUUUAGAAAAAGAAAGGAAUAUGAAAUAUUUACAAUUAAAAAAAGAAUAUGAUGAAUGUUUAGAAAAAUUAAAGAUAACUGAAGCUCAGUUGGAAUCCAAAAACGAAAAUCAGCUUGACAAACAAAACUUAAUUCUCAACUCCAAAUACGAAGAUGUUCAACUGAAAUUGAAAGAAUCAAGAAAGUUAGUAAAAGCUUUAGAAAAUAAGUCACAACUACUAAGAAAGCAACUUUCUACUGAAAAAUCAAAUUUUAUUCAUUUAAAGGAGGAUUUCAGAAACAAAUUACAAAAUUUAAAACAGAGAUUUAUAAAUUAUGUAUUAGAUAUAGAACAAAUUAAAAUUAAUUUAUCUCAUAUCAUUAUGAUUUUAAAACAAGAAAUAAAAAUAAAAUAUGAAAAUUAUUAUCAAAGUUUAUUUAAUCAAAAAAUUAUUGAUUUACGUAAAACAUUAUACAAUGAAAUUGAACAAAAAAUCAAUAAGGAAAAAGAAUCUGCAAUUAGAAAUAUAACAGUAGUAAAACAAAAUGAGAUUGAACGACUUCAACAGGUAAACAAGGAAUUAAAGUCAAAACUUGCUAAACAAUCUCAAGAAUACGAGAAUGAAAUUAUUGAGAAAAAAUGUAAUCUAGAGCAAGUAAUUAAUAAACUAACAAAAGAAUUCGAAGAAUGUCAACUUACUAACAAACAAAUUGAAUUGAAGCUAGUGAAUGAAUGUAAAAAGAAGGAAAAUUUGGAGAAACAAUUAAUCAAACUAACAAAUGAAAUGGAACGAAUGAAGAAUGACUAUGAAAACUUAUCAAAACAAGCUAAAGAAAAAAAAAGUUCAAAAUUCACUGAAUUAGUUUCUGAACUUGAUCGUAAAUGGUCUGAAACUGUAGGUCGUGAAUGUGCACGUGUACGUAGUGAAACAAUGCAACAAUUAGAAUUACAAUAUAAAACAAAAUUAGAAGAAAUUACAAAUAAUUAUGAAAAAACAAUUAGAACUAUAAAUAAACAAUGGGAGAUGAAAAUAGAAUUGAAUAAAAUAGAUCAGUUUAAAAAUAAUAUUGAUCAAGUAACAGAAUACAUAACUAAAGAACAAUCAAGUGAUCACAUCAAUCAGUUGUCAGAAAACUUAGGGAAAAAUCUUGAUCAAAGUGUUCAAACUGAUGAGGAAUUAGAAAAUAAAAUUGAAAAUAAUCAGAUUGGUAAUAAUGAAAUGAAGAAUAUUAUAAUGAUUGAUUCGAGUACGGAAACUGAUCAACAAUCGUACAUUGAACAAAAUAAUUAUCAUAUGGAUGAAAAUGAGAAAAUCCAAAAAACAAAAUAUGAACAGGAAGUUAAACAAAAACAAAUUGAACUAGAAAAAGCUCAAGUCAAUUAUAAUAAAUUACUUGAAGAAUUUGUUCAAUAUCAAUCAAAUUUUGAGCAAAUACACGUUAAACUUAAAAGUGAAUUAACAAAUGAACGAUUGGCAAAUGAAGAAAAAUUAAGUUUAAAAGAAGAAGAAUUACAUAAUCAUUUUAAAAAUGAAUUACAAACAACGAAACAAUAUUAUGAAAACCUAAGAUCAAAAGAAUAUAAUGAAUUUAUGCUUGCUCAAAAUAUUCUAAAAUCUAAAAUACAUGAAUUACAUCAACGUUUAUUAAAAUGUUCAUGUAAAUCAUCAACAGUACUAAAACAGGUAAAAAAUAGCAGAUUUUCAGCAAAUAGUCAAUUAUUACCAGAAAUUACUAUGAGUAAUAAACAAAGUUCUAUUUUUGAUACUUUAUCAUCUUCGUCCUUAUCUCCAUUAUCACCAACAGGAGCUCUAUCAGAAUCAAAAUUCGUUUAUAAUCAUGACUAUAAUCUAAUUUCUGACCAACUGCCUUCACAAAUUAACGAAGAUCAUCGUUUUAUGAAUGAAAAUAGAGAAGAGAAGUUUCGUUUGCCAUCAUUAGCUACCUAA